CACUCUUCCUCUCCAAAGAAAGAACCUUGCCUGAGAAAACUAGCUAAGAACAUCUCUCUCUCUCACACACACACACACAGAAUCCCAUCAUCAAACCCCACUGUACCAGAAAAUCUUUAAUCCUCCACACCAGACUUCUUUCCCAGUUCCAUCCAUUCAGAGCUGAGGGAAAAUGCUGGGCCGUCUCGCCGCUCAACGCUUCCGCGAGAUCCGUCAAGUUUUCCGUCAAAUCCCUCAGGCUCCUCGAUUAUUCUCCACUGCCUUAAAUUAUCACCUGGACACACCUGAUAACAAUCCGGACCUUCCCUGGGAAUUCAAGGAAGCUAACAAAGCAAAGGUGAAAGAGAUAUUAUCCCAUUACCCAUCCAACUACAAGCAAUCUGCAGUUAUUCCUUUGCUGGAUCUUGCACAACAACAACACGGCGGAUGGCUCACUGUUUCAGCUAUGAACGAAGUGGCAAGAAUUAUUGAAGUUGCACCAAUUCGAGUUUAUGAAGUUGCAACCUUCUAUUCAAUGUUUAACCGUACAAAGGUUGGUAAAUACCACCUUUUGGUUUGCGGUACAACACCUUGUAUGUUGCGUGGUUCAAGAGAUAUUGAAGAUGCAUUAUUAAAGCACCUAGGAGUAAAACGCAACGAGGUUACAAAAGAUGGUUUGUUCUCUGUUGGAGAAAUGGAAUGCAUGGGAUGCUGUGUAAAUGCUCCAAUGAUUACUGUGGCUGACUAUUCCAAUGGAUCUGAAGGAUACGCAUAUAACUAUUAUGAAGAUGUUACUCCAAAACGAGUUGUUGAGAUCGUUGAGGCAUUGAGAAGGGGAGAAAAGCCACCGCGCGGCACACAAAAUCCAAAACGGAUCAAUUCAGGACCAGAAGGAGGGAAUAUUACGUUGUUAGGCAAGCCGAAGGCUCCACCAUGCCGCGAUCUUGAUGCCUGCUAAAUUACCAGGAACUAAUAAUAACAAAAAAAUGCUUGUUGCGUUUAGUACCAUCCUUCAGUUAUGCUGUCUCUGGCCUAUUUGAUUCAAAGAUUUCCCUUGUUUACUUCCAAUUUUCCUGCCAGUUGGGAAUCUUGUGGAUUUAAUCCUUUCAUGGUUACAAACCCUUUCUGCUUUUUUAUUAUGUACCAGAUGCAUAAUAUGGAUGGCCUUUGUGUCCACAUUACCUUAAUACUUUCGAUUGGUACACUUGAGGACUUAAAAAGUUAUCACAAAAUGUCUGGUUAAUUGUAAAUCUCUGUUUAGAUGCACUUA